CCAGCGGCCGGUGACUCACAGAUUGGGCGUGUGAAUUUCCUUCUCCUUAAGAAAACAGUUGGAUGGGGAGUGAUCGACACGGUAGAGAUGGACUUCGAUAUUAUCAUCCCGCGGAUAGGCGGUUUCGGCCGUUACCACAAGCGGUUGGCGGCUGCUGCCUGUCUCCCGAACUUGCUGCUGGCUUUCAGCUUCUUCAGCGACGUCUUCCUCAGCCGGACCCCUGACCACUACUGCCGGCCCGACCCGCAGCUCUUGCCUCUUGCCCUCAGAAACUUGUCGGGCUCCGUCCUCAACUACAGCCUGCCACUGCGAAGCGGCAGCGAGCCUUUUCCCGCCAGUUGGAGUCGCUGCCGGCUGCACCGCUAUCCACUAACGGCCGGCACGAGCCCGCCACUGCCCAACGGCACAGUCUCGUGCACCCGAGGCUGGCAGUUCCAGCCACGCGACGGCCUCGACAACAAUGUCGUUAGUCAGUGGAGCUUGGUUUGUAAGAACUACUGGAAGGUUCCACUGGAGCAAGUGAGCUACAAGAUUAGUUGGAUUGUUGGAUAUUUAACCCUAGGAUCUGUUGCUGACCAACUGGGCCGCCGAAAUACAUUCAUUCUCUCGCUAAUUCUAUCAAUUAUUCAGCAUAUUGGAGUUUCCAUCUCUGUGGAUUUCCUCAUGUUUGUUCUCUUCCAUAUGUUCAGUGGGUUAGCAUCAGCUGGAGUCGUCUUGUCCGUAUACAUUGCAAGGUUGGAGAUAUGUGACCCACCACAUCGACUGAUGAUUACAGUGAUUGCUGGAUCUUUUACAGUGGCUGGGGAGAUGUUGCUGCCAGGAUUAGUUGAGUUAUGCAGAGAUUGGAGAAUUUUGCAGGCUGUUGUCACUGGCCCCUUCACAUUACUACUCAUUUAUUGGUGCAUUCCAGCCUUAUUCCCAGAGUCUCCACGCUGGCUUCUUGCGACCAGACAGAUUCAGAUGUGUAAGCACAUUAUGCGAGGUAUCGCAGCUAGUAAUGGUGUCAAUGUGGAUGAUGAAUUAUACACCCCAAACAAUGUAUUUAAUGAGAUGGAUUUUGUAUUUGGCAAGUUUACGGAGUCUCGUAUUUAUAGUUUCUGUGAUAUGGCCACUACUAAAGUCAUUUGGAAGAACAUCUUAAUACUGGGGUUCACCACGUUGUGCUGCAAAGACAGUAACUGGUGGAAAGGGGGUAAUUCAAGAAGUAGACUGAGUAUGUGUAGAGGGUUCAUUGGCAAUGGAAUCCAGCAUUGUUUUUCCCAAAUCCUCACUGGCUAUAGUUCUAGGUUCUACUUGAGCUAUUUUGUCACUGCUGCUGCUGAAGGUGUGGCUCUCCUUUUCCUAUACUUCACCGUGAACAAGUUUGGCCGACGUGGUAUUCUACUACUGUCAACAAUCAUCACAGGCAUGUCAUCGCUGCUAUUGCUUGCUCUCGCACAGUACCUGCAUCAAGCUCUUCAACUGGCUCUUUCCAUCCUGGGUCUGUUCUCAGCCUAUAUUGUUGCUAUACUGAGUAUAUUUUUUGCCAGUGAGAUUAUUCCAACUGUAGUUAGAGGUGCAGGCUUAGGCAUUGUUAUGGCAACAGGCUGCAUUGGAAAAGCAACAUCUCCGAUAAUGGAUCUCCAUAAUAAACAUGGCUUCUUUCUUCUGCACGUUGUGUUUGCCACUUUUGCUGUCCUCUCAGUGUUGUGUAUCAUGUUGCUUCCAGAAAGCAAACGGAAGCCACUCCCAGAGUCUUUAAAAGAUGGUGAAAAUCAGAGACGCCCUCCAAUGUAUUUAUCACGAAACAAGGAUAGAGCUCCUCUGCUUCGUUCAUAUCAACGUAGGUGUUAUAAUCCAGAAAACUAUUCCAAGCUUGUAACUGCAACCAAGAAAAUACUGGCCCAUAAUGUCCAUUUUGAAUCACAGGAUCUUGUAAAUGGAAAUGUGAUUGAUCAGAUCAAAGAGACAACGUCUUAGCCAAGCCUUCGUGAUGGAUAUAGAACUGUUUGCAUAUUCUCCAGUAUAGCAUAUUUUGCACAAGAAAUGCCACUUAGGCAUUACAAACUUUGUAUUUUCUAAGACCUAAUUUGGGCUUUGUUUCUAACACUCAAAUAUUGGUUGAACUGUGGGGAAGGCAAAUUCUUAAUUUCAUUUUUCUAAAGACUUAUUUCCAUAAUAAUAGAUUAUGCAUCAGGUUUAAAAGAACAUUGUUGAAUAUACUUCUGGCAUGUGUACAUCUUCAAUGAUAUUUAAAUUAGACUCGUCUUCUGUCGUCUUACAAAUAAUGUGGUCUGUUGAUUAUUACACAGCCUAAUGACUCACUUUAAUUAAACUUUUCUUUGAAACAACUUGGCAUGAAAUAUUUUUGUAGUAUCCAUUCUCUUAAUUGCCAUGUAAAUAUCUUAGUAUGGGCUGAACCUAUGUUUUAAAUUUAUUUUGAUUCAUGGAGGUUAAAUUUCUUGCUCUUUCUUUUCUAUACUAGAGACCAUUGAUCAAAUCUUUGUAUGGAUAGUGUUACUAAAAGGGUGUCACUCAA